UCAACACAAACAUGGAUUUUACACUGCAUUUGCGGUAAAAGCUUUCAGAAUAAACACAGUUAAUAAAAAAUAACAAAUCUCUAAAAUUCGCGUCCUUCGAACCUUCACAAUUCCACUAAUUCACCCAUGAGCGAAGAAAGCCACCUCAUUACCACCGAAAGCCCUAUAAAUACCAUCAUCGUCACCCAUAUCGUCACAGUUCGCUCAAACCAUCAACAUGAAACUCUUCCUUGUCGCCGCAAUCUUAAUCGCCGCCGCCGCCGCCAAACCCACCGGGGACCAGCACGUCGCCGUCACCCAGGACACCGCCGGCAACUACAAACUCGCCCUCAACCUUGACGGACACUCUCGCGUGGAGCACGGAAACGCCGACGGGACCGUCAGCGGUAGCUACUCCUACGUCGACCCCAACGGCGUGCUGCAGACCGUCGAGUACACCGCAGGAGUCGAUGGCUUCCGGGUCACCGGAAACAACCUCCCCGUGGCGCCCGCCGCCAUUCCGGACACGGACGACGUCGCCGCAGCCAAGGCCAUGCACCUCGUCCUGCUCCAGCAAGGACUACCGCACUUUGCUUAA